AUGCCCGCCGGAUGCGCCGUCAAUUUCCUCAAGUCGUCCAAUCCAAGUCGCCAGCGCUCCGGCAGUGUGCGGCAGCGCGUGUGGAACAAGGUCCAACGCGCCACGUCGCUUUCCGCCAUGGAUUUCCAGACCUUCGUGCGCUCGCUCGCGCAGGACCCGAAACCCGUGCAUCCAUUCAAGCCGUCCGGCGCCGGGGAAGGCGGAGAGGCGCGUGGAGGCGCGCAGCAGAUGCGUGGCGGAGAGGCUGCCGGCGCAGCAGCGCAGACGGCGCAAGAUACGUUCUUUACCAGGCUAGAAGCCCCCGCGGAUAGAGAUUUCUCCGCGGCGGCCAGCCCCGCAGCUCCCGCCGAUGCUUCCCACGCGGGGCUCUCGCGCGGGAGCGCCGGUAGCCGUUCCGCUGGCGUCGGAUCGCACUGGGGCCUGGCGCGUUCCGCUUCCGACGCGCUGCAUCAGAUGUUCGGGGGCUCCGGGGGUGGCGGGGGGGGAAGCGGUGCGGGUGGCGCGGGGGGAAACACUGCGGACGAUGGGAGGGAACCGGGGGAAGCCAGUGGCGGAAGCCAGCGGGGAGCAGCGGGGAGGAACCACGGGGCUGGCGGAAGGGGGAGCGGCGGUUCCGCUGGGAGAAGCGCAAGUUCUGGGGGGAGUGUUUUUCUACCGUUGAACCAGACUCCAAACCAAACUCCGAACAACCAAACUCCACAGGGACCUUAUUAUUCGCGCCAGCGGAGCUUCUCCGCCAGUGGCGCAAGCUUUUCCGCCAUCCCUUCCGCCAGCCCUUCCGCCAGCCCGUACGCUAGCCCUUACGCUGGUCCUGCUGCUGGCGCGGCCGUUACUACCUCCUCCCCCUCCCCCUACGGCGGAGGGCUGGGGUGCACAGGCGGAGGACUGGGGGCCUCAGGCGGAAAGGGCGCAAGUUCCGGGGGACCGAAGGCAGGGCCUCCGUUGCCUUUAUCGAAGUCCGCUAUAGCGAGGUUUAGGCUUCCGCGGAUGGCGUCAGAGAGCGGGCGAAGGCACAGGGCGUGGCAGGCUGACCUGGAGGAGGACGAUGGGGAGCCGCUUGAGGGGGAGGUGGUACCUGAUCCGGUGGGAUCUGGGGCAGGUGUAUCCGGGACUGACGGAGUGAAUUACGGUGGGGGGAAUAUUGGUGGGGGGAGUUUCGAUGGGGGAAUUUAUGGUGCUGAGCAGAGGGGCGGGGGAGGGAGGUCGGGUUCGGAAGGAGGAGCGGAUGGUUUCAAGAGCCAGUCAACGCGGUCAAUGCAGUCAAUACGGUUUGGGUCCGGUACUGAGAGACCAAGGGCGUAUUCACUGAGCCAGACCAGCAUGGAUGGAUACCUAAGGGUAACUGGCACCAAUAGCCCUGCUCUUUCCACUGCUACUGCUGCUGCUGGUGCUGAGACUGCUGGCACGUCUUUAGGGGGUGGUGCUGCUGCUUCUGCUGCUGCUGGCGGCUUUCUGGAGUUCCCCAAUGGAACCUUUCACGCGUCCGGGGUUGAGCAGACGGGCGCAGGAGACAGUGAGGGCGCAGCGGGUUUUCAGCAGCAGCAGCAGCUACAGCAGCAGUCGAUGCAGCAAUAUGCACAGGCACAGGCCCUCGGCAAUGAAACAAGCCCAGACGCUCAGAUUCUUGUAGUCGACCCGGGGAAGGAGUGGCAGCAGCAGCAGCAGCAGCACGGUACGGCACAGCAAAGCACGAGCGCACAGCAAAGCACAGGCGCUCAGCAGCAGGCGGGGGCAGGCGGAUCUCAGCCGUCCAUGCAGCAGGCAGCCGGCGGAUCUCGGCCGUCCACGGGCACAGGCUCGCGGGCGUCUGCCGUGGCGUAUGUGAGCAAGUUUGAGGAGUACAGGCGGCGACUGACGGAGCAGCAGCAGCAGCUACAGCAGCAGCAUGGGGUAGGAGGGGUGGGGCCAGGGCAGGUGGGAAGGAACCGAGGAGGUGGUGGUGGCGGUAGGGGUGUUCCCAGAAGUGCGUCUCAUGAGCCUUUCAGUGAUAGGUCGUGGCAAGGGCGAGACGAGGAGAGCUCGGCCGCUGGUGCUAGUGCGGGUCUUACUGGUGCUGGCACCGGCUUUACAGGUGAUGGCUUUGACGAUGCUAGUCUUGGUGUGUCCAGUGCGGCUGGCGGGGUAGGUGGGGGUGGUGGGCCUGGUGGGGGUGGCGAAGGGUAUAGAGGGGAGAGGCAGGGGUACGGCACUUACAGGGGCUCGCCAGCCGCAGCAAGGGGAGGGGGACGAGCAGGCGGCAGGGCGGGGGGCAGGGCGGACGGCAGAGCGGGCGGCAGGGCGGGCGGCAGGGCCGGUGGAGCAUUUAUGAUGCGGUCGACAUCGCUUGGCAACGCUAGGGAUUUCAUGGGGCAGCUGGAGGGGGAUGACGUGGACGCUGACGUGGAUGGAGAUGUAGAUGACUCAGGUGGGGGCUUAGCUGGGGGCGUGGAGGCUGGGCUAGGUGAGUGGAGUACGGGCGGCACAGGGAGUGAUACCACAGGUGCUGCAGGGCCCAGUGCUGCUAAUUCUUCUGCGUCAGCAGCCGGGGUAAGUAGUGACCGGCUGGGCGGAGGUCGCAGUAGGGGUCGGGGUGGUGGUAGGGGUAGUGAUGGUGGUGGUAAGGGUAGCGGUGGUAGGGGUAGGGGUAGCAGUGGUGGUGGUGGUCGCACCUCAGGCUCGCCAUCUGCCACUCUCUCUCUUCGGAACUAUGAGAAGUUCCGACCCUCAACAGCAGCAGCAGGAGGAGGAGCAGCAGCUGAACCAUCCUCCUCUUCAGUGCAAUUCCUCUCAGGAUCAGGAGAAGGCGGAGAUGAGGAGGAUGAGGGGCUGGCGCCUGUAGCUGCAACUUCCCACGCCCCUGGUGCCUCUAGAAGAGCUGGGUAUGGGAGUAGCGACGGUCGUGGUGGUGGUGGCUCUGGGCGUAGUCGGGGUAACCCUAACUCUACCCUGGGUAACCGCCAACUGCUGCGGCGGCACACCGACGACCCGACGCAGCUGAACCGCGUCCAAACGCCCGAUGCACUCUCGUCCUUUCCUGCCGUGCCCUCCCGCCUUGGCCCGGGGAACCUCCAGCGUACCUCGUCGUCUGCCGCCCACCGGCCUUCCUCUGCUGCCCAGCGACCUUCAGCUGCCGCCCAGCGGUCUUCCGCUGCCGCCCAGCGGCCUUCUUCUGCCGCCCAGCGACCCUCCUCUGCCGCCCAGCGGCCCUCUUUGUCCUCUUCUGGGCGGCAGCAGGAAUUCAGAGACCAAGGGCCGAUGCAGCAGCAGGGGCAGAUGCAGGAGCAGAUUCAGUACGUCAACAGCCUGCCACAUCCCCCUCCUCCCCGCUCCGGGCCAGGCCUGGCCCUUCCUCCCCGUCCGAAAGCCCUUAUCCGAGGCAAGAAGAGAAGAUUUCCCGUCCCUCCACCUCCCCUCUCCGGACCAGGCCAAGCCCUUCCGCCUCAUCCGAAAGUCUUGAUCCGAGGCAAGAAGAGCAGAUUCUCCUCCCCUCCACCUCGUCCUCCUCUUCCUCCCCGGUUCGGCCGGGGCUGGAUGCGCCUCCCAAGCGGCGGGCCUUGUCAGGCCCCCUGCAUGCCCGUGCUGGCCGCCGCUCUGCUUCUACCCUCCCUGCUGCCAAUGCUCUCGCUGGCAACGCUGGCAGCAGCAGCAGCAGCAGCAGCACUACCAGCAGCAGCAGCAGCAGCAGCGGCAGCAGCAGUAGCAGCAGCAGUAGCAGCAGCACUGGCAGCAUCAUUAACAGCAGCAGUGGCAGCACCAGCAGCAGUGGCAGCACCAGCAGCAGUGGCAGCACCAGCAGCAGCAGCAGCAGCAGCAGCAGCAACACUAACACUCUUCAACCAGCAGAGCCCCAAAAGCGGGGCUUUAAGCCCUCACAGCCAGGCUGCAAUCCGCUCUCCCUCUGCCAGAAGCCCUCGUGGCGGCCUCCCCCCUCCUCCUACCCCUCCCUUGCGCUCUCCGUCCACUCGUUCUCCGCUUUCUCCUCUUUCCUCUCCCCUUUCUCGGGAUAAGUUGGCUUCUCAGUGGCUAGAGCAGAGGGCCCCCCUGUCGCCACUCUCACCACAGCAGGGGCAGCAGCAACAGCAGCUGACGCAGCAGCAGCAGUCGCAGCAGCAGCAGUCGCAGCAGCCUUGGCAGCAGCAGGGACAGCAGCAGCAGCGGCAGCAGGGGCAGCAGCAGCAGGGGCAGCAGCAGCAGGGGCAGCAGCAGCAGUGGCAGCAGCAGGGGCAGCAGCAGGGGCAGCAGCAGCAGCAGUGGCAGCAGCAGGGGCAGCAGCAGGGGCAGCAGCAGGGGCAGGGGCAGCAGUGGCAUCAGGCUACCUCCCCUCACAGCAUGGCCAUACAGCAUGCUACCCCAUCCAGCCCUAUUCAUGCGCUCAUGCAUGUCCCCACCAGCCCUGUCCCAGCAUUGGUGCAGCAUGCACCUGCUAGCCCCUCCCAGGGCGUGUAUGGGCCGUUUGAAAUGCCUUCUCAAGCUCCCAUUCACCCUCCUCACUCUCAGCACACGCUCACUCACUCCCCCCAUUCGCCCCUUCAUUCUCCUCGUGCUCCUAUGCACCCCCCCCAUGCGCCCAUGCACUCCCCCCGUUCUCCAAUGCACUCCCCACGUGUUGCCCCACACUCCCCCCAUGCGCCCAUGCACUCCGCCCAUGCGCCACUCUCCCCCCAUGCGCCCAUGCACUCCCCCCAUGCGCUCAUGCACUCCCCCCACGCGCCCAUGCAGUCCCCCCAUUCGCCCAUGCACUCCCCACGUUCUGCCCCACUCUCCCCCCAUGCGCCCAUGCACCCCACCCAUGCGCCCAUGCACCCCCCCCAUGCGCCCGUGCAAUCCCCCCAUGCUGCCCCACACUCCCCCCAUGCGCCCAUGCACUCCCCCCAUGCGCCCAUGCACUCUCCCCAUGCUGCCCCACUCUCCCCCCACCCUCCUAUGCACUCCCCCCAUGGUCUCACACAUGCUCCCCAUUCCCCUCUACAGUCCCCCACACAUGUACUGCACUCCCCCCAUUCCCCCUUUCACUCCCCCCAUGCGCACUCCCCAUCCCAUCCCACAGCCCCCCCCCACUCCCCAUUGCACUCUCCCCACACAGCCCCUCCAUAUAGCCAGCAACAGCCUCUCUCCCCCACAUUCUUUUCCCCCAAUUCCUUUCCCCCCAACUCCUUCAAUCCGGAGGCUCGGAAACCUCCCGAGGCUGGCCAACCGGUUUGGCAGCUUGGUGCGGCAGAGGAAAGCACACCCACCCCUGCAUUGGGCAGUGGAACCCUCCAAACCUCCCAACGCCACACGCAGCAGCAGCACCCAGGAAGCACCACCCACCUCUCCCCUCCUCCCUCCAACACACCCUCAGCUCUCGCCGACUCUCCUUCCUUCUCUCACGUCUCCCCUCCUCCCUCCUACUACGACCCUGCAAACCCCUCCCUUCCCUCCCAUACCGCGCACAACCGCUUUGCAAACCCACACAGUAGCGCUUACGCCUCUGACCCUACCGCCUCCCCGCAGGAUUCUUUGCCGCGCAUGCACACCAACCCUCUCCACUACAGACGGCCUUACAACACCCACCUGCCCCGCCGCCCCCCUCGCCCCGUUCCACCUCAGUCUAGGAAUGCGCUGGCUGCAUCAGCUGCUGGGGCUGGGGGAGGGGGGUUUGCCUCAGCCAGACUCGGGAAUGCUAGUGGCCAGGCUGGUGCUUUGACCAGUCGUAGCACCUUCACUGUUGACUUUUAA